GUGUUGCUGUCGUGGUUAGGGAUUCAGAUUGUUAUGAAGGAUUUGCCGCCUUAGGUUUUCUGGGAUUGUUCACCUGAGCGAGAGCCAGACAGAGAGAUGGUUAAGAUGGUGAAGAGGAUGGUGGAGGAGAGGAGAGGACGGCUAGGGUUUGUCGAAGAAAAACAACAUCGCAAGCGAAGUCGCCCUGUUCCUGUCCCCUCGUCGGGUCCUGCUCCUCUGCGGCGAUCCACGCGCCUGAACCCUAACCGUGACGCCGUCAAGAUCCGCAACGACGAUCCCGAGAAGCAAAUGGGAAUUCAUCCAAAAACUUUGCACGAUGAGUAUUUCAACUCUUACUCUGACUCUGAGGAGGAUUGCAUCCCCAACUAUAAGAAGUAUAAAAAUAAUGAGAUGUUGACCAAAGAGGAUUGCGUCCGCUACCACCUAAACCCUGAUGUGUAUGUGGGUCGCCCCUGCCUGGCCCAUUAUUUGUGGUUCGACUCGAUCAUUUGCAGUAAGCGACGAAGAUGAAUACGAAGAUUGCAAACAAUUUUCGCAGCUCGCAAUAGACGAAUACCUCCGUCGCCUCAAGAAUGAAAAUUCACAACUAGAGUUUGUGAAGCUUUUGACAGCAAGGUAUAAGGUUUCCGAUAUAGUCAGGUAUUAUAUAACCUUUGAGGCCAAGGAUAUUGCUGCUGGAGGCCAGACUAAGACCUAUCAAGCUGUGGUGCGUAUACCCUUCAAGUGGGAUGGUGAUGUCUCCGUGUUGUGUUUCAGGGAGUGUGAGCAAGAGCAAGGUUCAGGCAAUAUACGUGGUAAAGAAUGGUGUUGGGAAGUUCACACUGCUGUGAGGGUUAGUAUGUUUAUAUCACUACAUGAAAGCAUGGUUUGAUUUACUGAACUGAUAAUGACAUUCGGUUAUUGUGAGACGAAGUAAUUAUAUAUUUCUUUGAUUAUUGCUUGUUAUCUAUUGUUGUAAUGAUGCACGGCACUUGAAGCCACUGGUAGUGGUACAUGUUAAAACAUCUUUUAACGAUAUUCUGGAUUGCAAUUGUGGACUAAAUCUUCUUUGGUCACAUAAGUAAUCUAAUAUCUUGUUUUCUUGCCUCUCAGUCUCCGUUCUUUGCUACUUAGAUAAGGUAUUAGCUGAAUAAAUCUUGAUUUGUUGAGAUUGGAGUUGGGGGAAGGAUGAUGGAAAACAUAAGGGGGAUUUGGGAAAUAUGAGAGAGGUCAAUAUAGGUCCCUAGCCCUAUGCAUGUGACCAAACAGUUCAAGUGAAUAUAAAGUGUUGCUUUUAAACCAUUGGUAGGCGAAGCGUAGUACACUAGUACUGCUAUUUAAUGUUUGAAGAAAGCAGAGAUGGUAAAUUAGAAUGGUAGUGUUGGAGCAUUUGGUGGUCGGAAAAUUUUGAAAUUAUAGUGUGGAUAAGAACCGGCUCCUAAGCUACACUUUUUAAACCAAACUUUUUUAUUAUGAGCCAACAUGGUUGUAGACUAUGGUUUGAAGAGUAUCAAUAGAAGAACAUGAUGGUUGUGUAAAAGUUUUGAAGAACAUGCUGCUGAGUCUGCUUUUCAUCGUUGGUUUUUUUUUUUUUUUUUUGACAUAUUGUAAAUGUUUCUGCUUAUGAGGACCUGGGCUUUCAAUUGGGUGAGGACCUGGCCUUUGAAUUGGGUAAUUGGGUGUGUAAAAUCUCAUUAUGGGUAAUUGAAAUUUGGCUCUCUGAAAUUUCCUGCCAAAAUAGAAAACCCACCAGUAAUUAUAUUGUGUGGCAAGCUGUGGUUGGCCAAGGAGUGCUAAUAAUUUGGAGUUCAAGGUGGUGCCUAACCUCUUUUCUUUGCGCACAAUUGCAUGCACACAUGUAUAUGGUGAUAAUCUGCACUCCAUGGAUCCAUAUGGAGAUAACACACACAUACACACACACGGCCUUUUGUUUCUUUGAAAAGUGUGACGAAACAAGUGAAAAGGUUAUAAGGCAAUGCAUCUUUUCUUUACAAGAUUCUUUUCACAUUUUGACACUGGCCCAUUGGUUUUUU